AUGACGACGUUGCUUGAAAGCAAUCCGAGGAUGUGUCCGACAACUGAUUGGUUCGAUUCCUUGAUAUCGACGUCAAGGAACAGAUUGGGAUAUUCAUCCUGGAGCAGGAGUCUGGAGCCGACCCCGAGCUUACGAUUCUUCGAAAGGGACAUUGAUGCGAGUGCCAAUCAUUAUCCACUCAAGUACAUGGGAAGAGAGCUCUCUCAAAUUGGGACCUCGAUCAAGAGCUUCCAUUUCUGGAUGCCAAUUUCGCCACGGCAUCUUCAUACAUUGAAGCCCUAG